AUCCCGAUCAACUUUAUUAAGUAUCAAACUCUCAAACAACGACUUCCAGCCUCUAAAACAUAAAAAAUAUGUUUAAUUAAUAAUUUUACUAAAAAAUAAUAAAAACUAAUUCAAAAUGUUUGUGUUAAUCGCCAUUAUAACCAUCAUAAGCGCAUUAUGCUACGUCUACGGGAAACAAACCUACAGUUACUGGGAGAAACGGAAGAUAUUGACGUAUCCAGGUGCGUCACUUCCGUUCGGCAACCUGAAGAACAUCUUCACACCAAACGCCAGCAUGAUGGGCCUGCAAUUCCAAGAUUAUUACAAUUACUUCAAAGAAAAGGGUCUUAAACAUGGCGGAGCAUACAUUUUCCAACAACCUGUCUACGUCCCGGUGGAACCUGAACUAAUGAAGAUGAUUAUGACUAAAGAUUACAGUUAUUUCGACGAAAAAGGUAUUUAUUUCAAUGAGAAAGACCAACCGAUCAACGGACACUUAUUCAACAUCGGCGGUGAUCGCUGGAAGAACCUACGUGUGAAACUAACCCCGACAUUCACUUCCGGUAAGAUGAAGACAAUGUAUCCAUCGAUUGUGGCCUGCAGUGUGCCUAUGGUUGAUAAAAUCGAAGAACACGUCAGAACUGGUGAACCUAUUGACAUCAAAGAAAUGUCUGCAAGAUUUACCACAGAUGUAAUUGGAACCUGUGCGUUUGGCAUCGAUUGCAACUCAUUCAAAAACCCAGACUCGGACUUCCGGUACUACGGCAACAGAUUGAUCAACCUCACCUUACAAUUCAAAAUGCAGUUACCUUUCACUGCUGCCUUCCCCAAGCUGGGUGCCUGGUUGAAAAUGGUCAACUUCCCGCAUGACAUCGCCAACUUCUACACGAAAAUCACAACGGAAACAGUUGAAUACCGUGAGAAUAAUCAAAUUAAACGCAAUGAUCUCUUACAGUUGAUGUUGGAGAUGAAGCAGAAGGCUGAGAUUGGCAUGCAGGAGAUUGUCAGUCAAGCGUUUUUGUUUUUCAUCGCUGGAUUUGAAACCUCUUCAUCCACAAUGACACAUUUGAUGUUAGAGUUGUGUAUUAAUACUGAUUUACAGGAGAAAGCACGCCAGGAGGUCCAGAAAGUCCUAAAACAACAUAAUAAUGAAAUGACUUAUGAAUGUGUCAAUGAUAUGAAGUAUUUAGAACAAUGUAUUAAUGAAACAUUGAGGAAGUAUCCGGCUUUACCUGUUUUGAAUCGUGAAUGCACCAAGGCGUAUAAAGUGCCUGGAACUGAUGUGGUUUUAGAGGAAGGCACCAAAGUAUUCAUUCCCUUGAUGGGAAUACAUUAUGAUCCUGAGUAUUAUCCGGAUCCGCAGAAGUUUGAUCCUGAGAGGUUCACCGAGGAGAAUAAGAAGACUCGUCAUCCGUAUACAUGGAUGCCGUUUGGUGAAGGACCCAGAAUUUGCAUCGGUCUUCGUUUUGGUGUUUUACAAGCCAAAAUAGGUCUGAUUCAACUCCUGACGCGUUACCGCUUCACUUUCGCGAAGAAAAUCCAGUAUCCAGUCAAGUUUAAAAAUGGCGUCUUGGUCCAAGCAGCGGAAGACAUCAUUUUGAACGUGGAAAAGUUAUAAACACGUGAUUUAUACAUUGUAUUAGUUUUAACAUGGUAUAAAGUGUAUUUUAGCACUUAAAGUGAUAAAAAAUUAUUCAAUUUCAAUAAAUUUAGUAAUAAUGUAA